UUGUGCUCAUUUGAUGAUAAUACUAAACAUUUAAUGUCGCCCGUGCUUUCAUUCAUAAGCGGGCAAUGCUUGUGAACGGGCGACAACGCAAUACGGGAUAAAGAUACUUUGAUAAAAGAAUGUAUAAGAAGCUCCAGCAGCAAAGGCAUACAAAAGUUUAUUAAGUGCCGUGGCAGAAGAGCAAAUCUAAAGUGUAAAGUGGACCAUUAUUUAAAACAACAUUCUAUAUAUGAUUUAAAAAAAGGAAACCAACGGCAAAUAUGAAGGAGUUUACCAAAAUGUUUGCGCGCCGAUAUAGUUCAAUUUCAAGAGACGUAGAUAGCAGCAUUCAGGGGCAGUCAGCGGUGGCCCCUGAAUCUGGGUUGAGCACUGACGCAGAUCCUGUGGUGUCUUGUUCCGCUCAGGUAGCCCUGCAACGCAUCCAGCGCCGCAAAAGUCUUAAGGCAAAUCGUUCAAUGAAUCCGAUAGACAUAUUAAGCAGCUUUUUUAACGAGCCAAUCCAAGGCAAACGGAAUCGAGUUCCUACCCGCCUAUUUAUACUUUUAGCUAUCGGAUUUUUGGCUAUUAUAACAGGCACGCUGAUUAAAGUUUUGGAACCAUACGAUUUGAUAUUUAAAUGGAAGUUAAUAAUGACGGAGGGAGGUGAGAUCUUUAAUCUGUGGGCCCAGCCUCCAGUCGAUCUGUACAUUAAGAUAUAUUUAUUCAACAUAACCAAUGCUAAGGCGUUUUUAGCAGGUCGCGAGCAGCUAAAAGUCGAACAAGUUGGUCCAUAUGUAUACAAGGAGAUUAUGACCCAUGAGAAUGUAACGUUCAAUGUAAACCACACCAUGUCCAGCACUCCCAGUCAUCCCUUGGUCUGGCAGGAGGAAAUGUCAGGGAAUCGUCGUGAGGACGAUGAGGUUGUAAUGCUCAAUAUUGCCAUGCUGGCAAUAUCACACCUUACUGCCAACCAGCCGUUCUUAGUUAGAAUGGCUCUAAAGACAUUGCUAAUGAGUACAAAGUCGGAGCCCAUAGUUCGAACCACAGCCAAAGAAUUCAUGUUUGGCUAUCCCUCGGCCUUGGCCACUCUCGGCAACACCUUUCUUCCAAAUUGGAUUUCCUUUGAGAAGGUUGGGCUUAUCGAUCGCAUGUACGACUUCUCAACGGAUUUUGAGACAUUCUACACAGGUGUGCCCAAUCCAGCGCUUUCGGGAUUAUAUGCAUCGUAUCGGGGCGAGACAACGCUUCCUCAGUGGGACGGUGACCAUUGCAGCAACAUAGAGUACGCAUCUGAUGGUACAAAGUUCAAAAGCUUCAUUCAGUCAAACGAGACCGUAAAGUUUUUCCGAAAAAGUAUGUGUAGACCGAUUAAUUUGUACCGGGUGGGCAAAGAGAAAACCUAUGGCAGCCUUAAAGGAUAUAAUUAUGUAUUUGAGGAUAACGCCUUUGAUAAUGGGGCAACUAAUGAGGCAAACAAAUGUUUUUGUAGAAAAGGUGAUUGCCAGCCGGUUGGACUAAUUGACGUUACUGACUGCUACUAUGGAUUCCCAAUCUCCUUGAGUUUCCCACACUUCAUGAACGGUGAAUUGGGGCUCCAAAAAAACAUUACCGGCAUAAGUCCAGAUCCUGAAAAACACUCUUCAACUUUUGUUAUUCAACCAGAAUCCGGCCUGCCGCUAUCCCUCUCUGUAAAAGUGCAAAUUAACAUGCACUUUAAGGACCUAAGCAAUUUUCCAAUAGUGUCAGUGUUUAAUCAUCUUACAGUGCCAAUGCUGUGGUUUGAAAUCAUGAUGUCAAAUCUGCCUGACAGCUUGGAUUCGCGGUUCAACUUUUACCUGAAUAUUUUGCCGUUAGUUAAUCCGCUAGGCUUUUGGUGCGGCAUACUGUUGGGAAUAAGUCUCUUAAGCUAUGCAAUUACCAAAGCUACGAUUCAUAUGUCUAGUUUCGCCCGUCGAACUGCCAAUAUAAAAGAUGUUAAAUAUGUACGAGCAAAUUUAAUUCAAAACCUCGCAGGUGAAGCCGCGAAUCAUGCUUACAGUCCUUGCGAUAUUAAGUUACUAGAUGAUCUUUCGGUUGUCAGGCAUCCUGCUAAAAAUCGAACAGUCCGGGAUUCGGCAUUCAGCACAAAAACCACGUAUGCCUUGGAUAUGGAGCCGGCUUUGUUGGACACGGGCGAAAGCAGCGACGAGGGACGCGACUGCGACAUUGUAACUAUAUCCCGAAAUUCUACCAGCACCCUCUAUAGCGCAGAUAAAACAAACCGCCGGCUCGGCGACGAGUCCUUCGCCAAGAGCCAAACUCCCCAAACGAUUUUUUUAAGAGAAGAACAGCAGCAUUAAGCCAACAGAUGUCGUAUAACUCAGGGAGUCUAAAGUUUAUCAGUUCACUUUUGGCCAUUGAGAGUUUAAGUUCACACAUGAACUAAACGAAGGAAUGAAUACCAUUUACUGGUUUUGGAUGCUUUAAUGAACUGGAACAUAAGGUUUUGGCUAAUUAAACUAAGUUAUAGAAUACAGUCCUGGUAAAAGCUAAUUAAAGCUAAUUAAAUCGCUGAUUUGGUUAUAUUUAUUUUAAUACACAAGCUAAUUGCUCCUUAUUAACUGUGAUAGGUUUAAACAAUAAAUUGUAGUUCAUAAGUUGUUUAAAAGAA